AUGCCAGUCUACUACUUUGACGAUACACCACUUUUACGCAAUAUCGUACAAUGUUGGACACUUCGUUUCAAUGAUAUACUUGACCCAGAUAUGUUGCGGAGCUCUUUAUCGCGGCUCAUCGACCAAGAGGGAUGGUCUAAACUUGGGGGGCGUAUUCGUUUAAAUACAGAGCAGAAGUUGGAAAUUCACGUUCCCCAAGCCUUCACUGCCGACCGAUCUGCAGUCAAUUUUAAUCAUGAAGAGUUUGACAUCAGCAUUAACGAACAUCCGCUAGCUUCAAGGCUGCCUGCACCCACCACUGACGUUCUGUCAGUGCAAAACGGCCCUUCAGCAUUUAGAGAACUCGUUGUGCCACCCAAUGCACCAGUCUGUCUGGAUGACUACCUUACUUCUGAUCUCCCACAAUUGACUCUGAAUGUCGUGUCAUUUACUGACGCGACGCUUGUUUCGCUCUGUUGGCCUCAUAUUGCAGCAGAUGCAAUGAGCUUGCGUGACUUGGCUACAGCGUGGGGUCUUGUUCUUGCUGGGCGAGAGUCAGAAAUCCCGCCGAUGCUGUCUUCUGGCGAUGAUCCGAUGGCUUCUGUCGGCAAGGACCCUCUCUUCCUAGACACUCAUAUUCUUGAAGAACAACAAGUCAAGGGGUGUUGGCUACUUCUCUGGGGACUUCGGUUUGUGUUUAAUCUGCUCUGGUGGCGGAAGAUGGAAACUCGAACGGUAUUUCUGCCACGGAAGGCUGUAAGCCAACUGCAGAGCAAUGCACUAGCUUCACUCAAGGAAAUCACCGAGCAAGAUGCGACCACAAAAGCCACUGAAGAGCAGGCACCGUUUAUAAGUGAGGGAGAUGUGGUGACGGCAUGGGUGUCAUUGAUCGCAGCUUUGGCCCUUCUGCCCUUGAAUUCGUCACGAACUGUUGCCAUCACCAAUGCAUUUGAUAUUCGACAUCGACUGCCAUCCAUAUUCCCCGCCAGAGAGAACCAAGGUGGGUAUGUGCAGAAUGCUGUCUUUCCGUGCUGGACAAAUAUCGCGGCUCGUGAACUCAUCGGAAAGACAAAUGCUCUCGGGGCUGUGGCCCUCAAAAUCCGUGGGAGCAUCAAGACACAGACCACCGAGCCCCAAAUUCACGCACUAGCACGCCUUACUCGAGCUUCACUGGACCAAACAAACUUGCCUCCAAUGUUUGGCGACACAAGCUCCUUCUUGAUUACAGCGUCGAAUUGGUCAAAAGCUCGCCUCUUCGAGGUGGUUGAUUUUGGCCCUGCAGUUCAACUCGCACAAUGUACCAAGGAUGAGAGGUCUCUUUUGGCUAAGAACAUGGCAACUGUUGGGAGGAAUAUAGGAUCUGUUUUUCAAGUAGUGAAGAGCAACCCAGUGUACUACCAUGUUGACAAUGUGAGCCCAGAUAACAUGUUAGCGAGGAACGCAUUCUUUUUAGCAGCUACACCGGAUGGCGACUACUGGAUCAAUGGGUGCUUUCCUAUUGCUGUCUGGAAAGCGAUGGAGGGAGUCUUCACUGACAAUUUGUUUGCUUCGGGGUGA